AUCUGUUCAGAAAGAAAGUAAUGUUUAGAGUAGGAAAUCAUUUUGAAUGGGGAAUAAAGAAAGAGAAUAACGUUCGAAGGCAUCUUUAUGUGCAAGGUCACCUACUACCCUUAAGCUUUCUGUUUUGCUUUUGCUUUCCUGUAAGACCACUUUAGCACCCUAUGAAUUUCUUUAUCUCUGUUUCUCUUGCUUUCCUGAACUUUCCUGCAAAAAGAACAAAGUUGUCACAUAGCCUAAGCAAUGCAGUUCGAACACACACGGGUCUUGGAUGCUGGAAUCUGCAGAAAUUAAAGCUAGGAAGAUAGAGGGAGGGGCAAUGUGAGGAGAUGUUCGUUGCUGUUUGACCAUUUAUCAAAGUAAUCAAAGUGGAAAGAAUCUAACAAAGUGUUUGUGCACUACGUGACUCUGAUAUUAAAUCUAAAAAGACAACCUUUGUCCUUCCCUAGUGGAGUGUCAAUGAUCUUUUACAAACAUGGAAUUUUCGGACAACUAUCCCAUUGCCUUUUCCACCCUCUGAGACUGGCUGCUAUUAAUGGUCCCAAUCUUAAUUAAUUUGCGUUUAAACAAAGCAAAAGCUUUUGCUAUCAUUCUCCCUUGCUCUGCAUACACCAAUGACUUUCAAUCCAUACCUUCAUCAUUAUGUUCUCUUGUCCUUUUAUAAACAUUAGGAUUCUUUUCUGUCUUUUAAGCCAGCAGGAAAAGUCUCUGGUUCUGUGGUUUUCAGAGCCAACUUCUACAGCCGGGAUAGAUGAUUGUUCUCAUUUCUUGGCCUCACAAGGAUAUUUGAAGCGCCUCAAAAUCACCAGUGAAAUCAUGAUUAUGGUAUCACAGCUACUAGAGCAGUGAAACAUAUCUGAACUAGCACAAUUCAUAUAGCUGGAAAUUUGAGGGUACCGGAAGCGGCCAACCAGCUGUGACACCUGCUAAAAAGACAAGAAGAAGAUCAUAAGAGGAGCAAUUACACUUCAAAAGCUGAUUUUGCAGGAAAAAGGGAGUUUCAGGGCGGAGACUAAAGAGGAGCACUCAUCAACCUGCAGCAAUGAGUUCACCAGCUGUUCCUAAGCCCCAAGAGGACUAUAAACUGAAGGACAUGAAACCCCAGCUUGGGGAGCGGUGGCCGCAUGGAGGACUACGCGGUGGAGGAGGUUGGAUUAGCAGCGAAAGGGCUACGAGCACUUAUGAUCUAGUCCAACAGAUGUUUUACCUAUAUGUUCGAGUUGAGAAAGCCAAAGAUCUUCCCACCAACCCUGUAACGGGAAACUGUGACCCAUAUGUUGAAGUGAAGAUGGGGAAUUAUAAGGGAAAAACUCAGCACUUCGAGAAGAAAACAAACCCUGAAUGGAGACAGGUUUUCGCCUUCUCAAAAGACAAGAUUCAGUCAUCAAAUCUUGAAGUUAUUGUCAGAGAAAGAGAGAUGGUCGGAAGAGAUGAUAUUUUAGGGAAGGUGAACUUCGACAUGAAUGAAGUUCCAACAAGGGUUCCCCCAGACAGCCCUUUGGCACCUCAGUGGUAUAGACUAGAGGACCGGCAGGGGAAAGCCAAGGUGAAAGGAGAGAUUAUGCUUGCUGUUUGGAUGGGAACACAAGCAGAUGAAGCUUUCCCGGAGGCCUGGCAUUCAGAUGCUGCUUCAGUUCAUGGGGAGGGAGUUUUCAGUAUCCGAUCCAAGGUUUAUGUUUCACCAAAACUCUGGUAUCUCAGAGUUAAUGUGAUUGAAGCUCAGGAUGUUGAGCCAGAUGACAGAAGCCAACCGCCGCAAGCUUUUGUGAAGGCUCGUGUUGGAAAUCAAAUGCUGAAAACAAAGCUAUGCCCGACGCGAACCACCAACCCGCUCUGGAACGAAGAUUUAAUCUUUGUAGCCGCCGAACCUUUCGAGGAGCAGCUGGAGCUUACAGUUGAAAAUAAAGUAACCUCUGCAAAAGAUGAAAUAAUGGGAAAGAUAUUUCUGCCCCUCAACAUUUUUGAGAGGCGGUUGGAUCACAGGCCAGUUCAUUCCCGCUGGUUCAACCUUGAAAAAUUUGGCUUCGGUGCUUUGGAGGGAGACAAGAGGCACGAGCAUAAGUUUUCAAGCAGGGUUCACCUCAGAGUAUCUCUUGAAGGUGCUUACCAUGUACUGGAUGAAUCUACAAUGUACGUAAGCGAUGUACGGCCCACUGCUCGGCAGCUAUGGAAGAAUCCAAUCGGCAUUCUUGAAGUGGGGAUUUUGAGUGCUCAAGGGCUUCUCCCAAUGAAGACGAAGGACGGCAGGGGAACCACAGACGCUUAUUGUGUAGCCAAGUAUGGGCAGAAGUGGGUGCGAACCAGAACAAUCAUCGACAGCCUCAGCCCGAAAUGGAACGAGCAAUAUACAUGGGAGGUCUAUGAUCCUUGCACUGUGAUCACCUUGGGAGUUUUCGACAACUGCCAUUUGGGUGGACAUGAGAAACCAGGUGCCGGCAGCGGAGCUCGAAACGACUCGAGAAUCGGGAAGGUAAGAAUCCGACUAUCGACCCUGGAAAUGGAU